AUGGGGCUUCACUGCCCUGGAGCCCGAACAGGGGCCUUCUUCGUGCAUGCCUUACCAGCGUCGACAUCAAGUCACUCAAUAGUGAAGCAAACGCCAGUAAAAGCGAAGGCCCCAACGGUUGCUGGUGAGGCUCACUGGUCGGGCUACGAUCAAUAUUUAGCGCCUCGACUGCCGUCCUAUCAACAGCCUUGCCGGGCAGACCUCUUUGACCAGCUUUUCGUCUCUCAUUUCAUCGAGUCCUUUGGAUUCAAGGAGUCAACAGCAGAUAACCCGUCAUCAACAUGGCUGGACAAGUUAGCUCUGUUCAUCACGUCGCCAUCUCCAACACUCGUCAAAAAUUCCAUCAGGGCUGGGUCAAUGUUCUUCUACGGCUCACUAGUGGAUGACGUGUCUAUACGCACAGAAGCUAACAAAUGGUACCUCAAAGCUCUCCACGGGCUACGAUGUCUACUAGCACAGCAAUCUGAUGUUUUCUCUGGUGAUAUAAUUUGCUCUGUUGUGAUGCUUGCCCAUUUUGAGACAACCGCCGGAACGUCGGGUGAGGCAUGGUUCCAGCAUGUGCAAGGCGCAGCCAGAAUGCUUGAAUCGGGCGGUCCAGCAAGUUGUCGUGAUGGAUUUUUGCACCAGCUGUUCAGGCAUCUCAGGCUUUUAACUUUCACUGCUGCAUUGUUCAAAAACCAGCAGCAUGUCUUCUCCUCCCAGGAGUGGCUUACGAUCCCAUUUGAAAUUCACUCAAAGACGGCAUUCGACGAAUUCGUCGAUAUUUUACUCUCCUUGUUGCCUUGUCUCGGCGCGGCGAGCGAGAUGAUAACCUCUGGAGACGAGGGGUUCAGCAUCCUUAAGACCAAGCUAACCAUGCUUGUUCGAAAUAUAAUGUCACAACUACACUCUUGGUGGACAAAGUGUAUCCUCUCAGCGAGCUUCAUCGAAGCCAAUGCUGGAUUGUGGAUGAAAAUGCCAAACGACACAUUCCAAGAUCUUCCUGGUGAUCCCGAGCAUUUUCCGCUAAUCCCUUACAUGGAUAUGCCGACCGCUUCACUAGUGGCACUAUACGACGCAGUCAAUGUCAUCGUCUUGCGAUUGAUGUCUUUGGUCUCAAAAAGUGCGCAUUUGUAUGAAAAGAGAAUCCAGCGACAUGUCCGAUCAAUCUUGUUAGCGAAGAAAUUUGUUGCGACAUUCCCAAGUCCUGCUGCGAGUCGUGGGUCAGUGAUGGUGAAAUUACCACUUGAGAUAGCCAGGAUUUGGAGCCCAUCCGAUAUGACUCUUAGUCCCCGGAAUACUUCGCCAGGACUCGGAUUCGAUGGCCAGGAUAAUGAAUGCGCCAGUUCUUCAGCUCCUUCGAGGGAGCUCUUUGGAGAUGUGGCUUCUUAUGUGCUACAACGUUACAACCCCGGGGUUUCACACGAUGAAUCUUUGCACGAAAUACCAUUUUCUGCCGUUGGUUGUUCAGGCUCCCUGAAUAUUGAGUUCUCGGUAGUCACCUGA